UUUCAGUUGAAAUUCGAACGUUGACCGAAAUCGUUCGAAAUUCGUUUCGCCAGCUAAUUGAAUCGAGGAAAAUCCGAGUCCAAAUCCGAAAUCGCAAAUCGCAAAUCGUAAUCGGGGAAUCUAUAUCCCGAGUCGCAGACUUCUUUCUUUUUUUUCAAGUUGCCCCAAAACGAUCGAACGAAGAGUGUGCCGCGCUGCCACGCCACCCACGAUCGCUCAGAUCCAUUCCAGCUCCAGAUCUCGGUGACGUCGUCGUCUGCCAAAAACAGCUGAUAAGAUACUUAUCGCGCUCCCCACCACUUUCCACUCCCACUGGGCGAAAGAGCUUUAUCAGCAGCAGCGACGCGGCGCAGCAUUUGUGGCCUUGUAAUCCGCGGCAGCGCCAAGAUGCCGCAGCCAAAGCAAAAGCAACAACAGAAACAUUCCAGCUCCAGCUCCAGCUCCGCCACGAGCCCGAGUGCCACUUCCAGUCCCGGCAGCAACUCAGCCGCGAUCAUCGCCAAGCGGGAUCGGGAACGGGAGCGCAAACAGACGAUCGGCGAAACGGACAUGGAUCAGUCGGUGCUCAAUGGACUGCCGGUGGGCGGGGACCCUACCGUGGGCUACCACGGACACAAGCGCGAACUGGGUCACAGAGUGUUUGUGAACAGAUCGUUGCAUUUGGAGAACAUCAAGUACUAUGGCUUCGAUAUGGACUACACCUUGGCAGAGUACAAGUCGCCGCAGUACGAGCAACUGGGCUUCAACCUGGUCAAGGAGCGGCUGGUUUCCAUGGGCUAUCCCAAGGAGAUCCUGCAGUUCGAGUACGAUCCCACGUUCCCCGUUCGCGGCCUGUGGUUCGACACGCUCUACGGAAAUCUACUGAAAGUGGAUGCCUACGGCAAUAUCCUGGUCUGCGUUCACGGCUUUGAGUUCAUCAAGCAUCACCAGGUGUACGAGUUGUAUCCCAACAAGUUCUUGAAGCUGGAUGAGUCACGUGUUUAUGUCCUCAACACACUCUUCAACCUACCGGAAACCUAUCUUCUGGCCUGUCUCGUUGACUUCUUCACCAACAGCAGCGAAUUUGUGCGCGUUGAGCGCGGCAUCAAAGCUGGCGAUUUCCUUUUCACCUACAAGUCGAUUUUCCAGGACGUGCGACGUGCCGUCGACUGGGUGCAUUCCGAUGGCGACCUCAAGCGUCGCACCACGCAGAACAUGGCCCACUAUGUGAAGAAGGACGAGCGUUUGCCCACGGUUCUAUCGCGCCUCCGCGAAUCGGGCGCCAAACUCUUCAUGCUGACCAACAGCGACUACACGUACACCAACGAGAUCAUGACCUACCUGUUCGACUUUCCCCAUGGCGCCACUCCCGAGGAGCCGCACCGCGAUUGGAAGAGCUACUUCGAUGUGAUCGUAGUGGAUGCCCGCAAGCCGCUCUUCUUCGACGAAGGCACCGUUCUGCGGCAGGUGGACACGAAGACCGGGGGCCUGAAGAUCGGCACCCACAUUGGACCCCUGCAGCCGGGUCAGGUGUACUCGGGCGGCUCCUGCGAGCUCUUCACCAAGUUCAUCAACGCCAAGGGCAAGGAUGUGCUGUACGUGGGCGACCACAUCUUUGGUGACAUUCUCAAGUCGAAGAAGAUCCGCGGGUGGCGCACCUUCCUCAUCGUGCCCGAGUUGGUCAGGGAGCUGCAUGUGUGGACGGAUGAGUGCCAGCUGUUUGCGGAGCUCCAGAACCUGGACAUCAAGCUGGGCGACCUCUAUCGGGAUCUCGACUCGAGUGCCAAGGUCAAGCCGGACAUUUCGCAGUUGCGCACCUGCAUCAGGGACGUGACCCACAAGAUGGACAUGUCCUACGGCAUGAUGGGCUCACUCUUCCGCUCCGGAUCGCGGCAGACCUUCUUCUCCAGCCAGGUGGUGCGAUAUGCCGACGUCUACGCGGCCACCCUGCUCAACCUCAUCUACUACCCCUUCUCGUACAUGUUCCGGGCUCCGGCCAUGCUCCUGCCGCACGAGUCCACCGUGGCCCACGAUCAGGCCCACCAGCCGCCUCCGCCGCUGGCCCCAGUUGUCCCCAUCGCGGGAGCCUCCUCGGUGGCAGCAUCGCCGGAUGAGCCGGCUCGCAUUGUGGCUGGCACCGAGCAGGCCAAGGACACCAAGGACUUGCAUCGGGCCAGCUCCAUUGUACACACUCGUCCCUCGACGCCCACCGUGGUGACCCACACCCAUGACGAGGACUACUCCGAGGAGGAGGAGACACCCAGUGGUGCCGAGUCUUCCACAGAGCAGCCGCUGCGCGACGCCUCCGAAGACUAGGAAGCAAGCCACCCCCCCCAGCCGGAAUGUUUGGGUCAACGAAUUUUCUUCUCAAACUUACCCGAUGUUCCAAGAGGCGUUUCAACCUUUAAACCCAUGCCCAAACCCAAAACCAUCCCGAAAUCCACACCGUGGUCGAAGCAAUUGUGAAACAUACGAUUUUUCCUGGCGAUUUUACCCGAGCACAGAUAUGUGAAACUAUAUACCAUAUAUGAUAUAUACAUUAUACAUUAUACAUUAGCUGGUUCCGUACAUAUAAUGUGUCUUUUUUUUUUAAUUAAAACAAUAAACUUGCUGUAAUUGAAAGAAACCAA